UGCAAUCGUGCUUUCCGCUUUUGGUCAGGCUUGGCGUGUGUUUAUCUCCUCGAACUGCCAGCACAUCUCCAGCUCCUCCAGACUUUCACCUCCUCACGAUUCUUUACGACUCGCUCAUUUCAGUUCCCAAGACCCUCUGCACAUCAUGACGAAUGCAAUUUCACGCGUCGCAUGUCCUACCACCGAUGAGUCUAUUACGGCUCUGACCACCGCACCUCGACGGCCCUCGACCGAAGCCGGUGGACCCAGCGACGUACUUGGUCAGCUACCUACGGAGAUCCGGCUGAUGAUCUUUGAGGAGCUCCUUGUGGUGCGGCCAAAGCCUGUUUUUCGCGGUGCUCGCGAAUUUGGCCCGCUGGAUAAGAGGGAGUUUAGCGAAGAGGUACCAAUCCCAUGGCAAGUCCUACUCACUUGCCGGCAAUACUUCAAUGAAGCGAUGCCUAUUCUCUACGGGAAGAACAACUUUGUGUUCUGCACAGGAGCUUCUGGCAAGCCCGGGAAGUUCUGGCGGUUCCCAAUCAGCCGCCGAAGUAUGCCGUUUCUUACUAACAUCGGUAUCUACUUUCGCGCAGAUGGCCCAAGGUCAGAGGCGUCCAGGCGUGUUGGGCAUUUCCUCCGAGCUCUCUGUCGACAUGCGCUGAAGCUAGAGCAUCUGACAGUAAUGGGGUAUUCUGACCGUUUCGAUGAAGGCAACUGCCGUUGGGAUAUUCUUUCCCCCGCCCAUCCUAUUUCAGAAGCGCUUAUAAAUCUGGUCGAACUGAAGCCGAUGAAGCAUCUCACUAUCCGCCUUCACAAUGCUAACGCCUUGUUCGGCCCUGACCUCGCGUGCUUCUUGGCUGAAAGGUUCUAUCAAACGGACGGUUGGAAUACUAGGACGCUCGCCUUCACCCGGUCUUGCACAUGUCCAGCGUCCGCUCCGUCCUUUUACUCGCUCUGUUCCCUGUGUGCAAAUCCGUUGUCGGAGGAUACCAACCCUAUUGAGGAAGAGACUGAAUUUGUCGACGUCGAGGCUCAACUUGACGAAGUGAUUGCUCUGCAAUUUGACCUCAUCGACAUGGAUAUGUUCUGGGAUCCUGACGAUAUCGAAGAUGGUAAGGUUAGCGAUGAGUACGCUGCUGUGGACUACGAGGAAGUACCGGGCAGGAUCCCUUCGAAGGAUGCGUAUGGCGAUGACAUGACGGUUCAUGGCCGCUGGGUCUUCGAAGAUUGGGAGUACAAUGAGGAGGUCUAUGUGGAUGAUAUGUACGAUCUGUCAGCGUACCUUCGACAUGUCCGCGGUGAACCCCGAGUCCCAGGCGCACUGUACCUUCGCCAAACCAAGCUGGAAGAAUUUUGGCCCAAGGUCGGCUACGACGAGUAUCUGGCCAAUGUCUUCAAAAAAGCUGUCUAGUGGGCUGAGGGUCAGGUUCUGUCAGCGUGGCUUGGGCCCUCUCGAGGGCUACGAAAUACUCAACUGUGUACGACAAGAUUAACUAUUCAGGCCGGUAUGCUGUGCAGUCGAGGAGGUUAACGCCGCUUUAUCCUCAUUCAAUUUUAUCGACGGCCGCCUGCUGCGAAACCGGGGAGCUAUGCAAGAGAGUCGCCGAAACUACGGAGAUCACAUAUUCAGGAAACAUGGCACUGACACACCAUUACGAUACUUCCACCCGCUUGGAAACCACACAUAUAUAGCACGACAUCCACUCUGGCAAAG